AUGGUCGGUUACCAGGAUGCCUCCUACUUUGUCCAAAACCAGGUGAAGCAAAUCGUGAUGCAAGGGGCGUCCAGGGAGACGGUGUGCUCGGAAUUGAAUGACCUUCCUCAUAAUAGCAUAACCUACAAGAUGGACGUGUCAAAUGAGAGUGGGAUGCUGGAUUACGAGAUGACAGCUAUACUUCGUGAAUUUGGCUGGCAGAACUAUAGGGAGGCGAAGCUUAGGUGGAAGGAGCUACGACCAGACGAUUUAGAGGCUUUCGAGAGACUCUCCUUAGAGCAUCCCGAAAAGCCUGAUCCAGAGACGCUUUCUGACAAUGAGAGGCCAAAUAUUAAAGAGGAACUCAAAAAAACCGCUGAAGAUGCGAUUGUAAAUGCGCUCAUCGGCAACGCAAGGAUCAUUGGCUCUAAGGUCCACUUCCUGGGAGCGUUGGAAAGAAGUUGUAUCAAAUUGAUCUAUACCAGGUUGAGCGGAGAGGAAGCCAAUGAUGACUUUACUCCAGAAAUUGAUCAAGUCAUAGAGACUCUUGUUCAGCUUCUACUUGACCAAAAAUUCGUCGACCCCCAGGAUGAGUCCAGACAUUUCCUGUUGACCAAGAGCAUCAAGCCUGAAAACUUCCUAUGGAUGGUUGUUCUCCAUAAAAGACCAUUUUCUCCCAAGCACUUCUUUAAAGAUUUCUUUUUGCAACCGGCGGAUACUGUCACUCUGUGGGAAGAGUUACCUCACCAAGAUGAUACAACGGAGUUUUGUUAUUCCAACGUCCAGAUCGACCUUGUUCUGGGAAAGAUUCCUCCGAAAAGAGGAACAGUGGAGAUUACAGAGACCAACAAAUCUUUCUAG